GGCAUUUUCUUAUCAAAUUUGAACAUAUAUAAACUAAAUAUGCUCUAAUUUAUGCGUUGGAAGGGGCAUUUCGGUAGUUUUAAGGGGCAAUUCGGUAAUUUCUGGGGGCAUUUCGGUAAAUCACGGGCAUUUCGGUAAUUCGGGGUACCUCCAAGACAUUUAUACCUCCGCUCAAUCUUGGGUAAACUCCGUCCGGGUUACGCAUACGGGGGUUUGGUACUCUCAUUCCUGUUAACGCUGAUCACGACGAUGACUUCAAAGGACGAAUACAAAUUUAAUCCCGAGAGGAAGUAUCAGGGACUAGCUUUGGUGGUUGUGAAUUUUACAAGUGGUCCGUACUACAGAGAAGGUUCAGAAAAUGAUGUCAAGUACUUGAAAAAGACAUUCAAAUGAUUAGGAUUUAAAGUUGCUUUGUUUCAAAAUCUGUCAUCGCGACAGUUCAUCCGCCUUCUUGGCAAAUAUUCCCAAGAUGAAGUUCUAAGAGAUUACGACAGUUUUGCGUUUGCUAUCAGUACGCAUGGGGUGGAGGUUGAAAAAGCGGAUGGAAGUGAAAGAGACAUCCUCGUGCAUCACCAUGCAGUAGAGAUGUUUGACGGUUCCUACGUUUAUACUAAAAUGAUUCUGGAUUGCUUCAGACCCUUGAAGUGCGAAGCACUGAGAGGAAAACCCAAACUAUUCUUCAUCCAGGCUUGUAGAAUUCCUCACAGUAAAUCCACGUAUGAACAUAGAGCUAAGGGCAUUGGCCAUGAUUCUGGAGCCAGUCCAUCCAAAUUGUUUAAAUUUGAUGGAGGGAGACUAGAUAAAGCAGAUAGUUCACACAGAUGUGGUGGACGAGAACCAGACAGCUGUAAUGGAGGGAAACCAUGCAGACAGAUGUGAUGGAGGGGAACCAGACAGACAUGAUGGAGGGGAACCAGACAGAGCUGAUCUUGAUGCAGAUGAUACCGUGUCGGACACUGAUGUAGAUGACGACUCUGACAUGGAGGAUGACGUAGAUUUCCCAGCAGUCACCAGCAAAACUUCCCAUGAUCCCAAAUCGGUGGAAAAUGAAAAAACUGAAGACAUACUGAACCCUGCUAAACAAGUACAGGAUUCUAAGGAGAGAGUGGGCUCGGGAGAUUUUGUUGAUGUCAGUGGAGUACGAUAUACGCCUGUCCAGGCCCCGGUCCACAUUAUAUCGGUCCCCUGUCAUGAUGACAUGCUAAUCAUGUUCGCUUCUCCACAAGGUCACUAUGCUAUCAGGAAUGUCAACACUGGUAGCUUCAUGCUGCAAUUUCUGUAUGAUUCCGUCAAAACUGUAUAUGGAGAGGGGAGAUUUGUAAACAAUCGCACCAACUUCCUGCACGUUCUAAACGAUGUUGCGUAUAAGAUGUCAUCUCUUACUUAUUUUCCUCAAGGCUACAAAAAUGUCACGUGUGUGGCUCACAAACUCUCUAAAGAUAUCAUUUUCUCCAAGGGAGAAAAAAUGCAACAUUCUAAAUUUUCAUUGGUUUUGCAAAGACUCACAGAGGUCAUUACGGGGAACUAGUAUUGAGCCUGAAUUUUUUUAUAUUACAUCAGAUAUUUGUAUUUAAUAGUAAUUCAUAUUGUAAUUAAAAUUCUGAACGUUU